GUCACAGAGAGAGAGAGAGGGAGCACCGACGCCGGCAAUGGAGCAGUGGAGGAACACGGCGGCCGAGGCGUCGGCUCGCAGCUUCACCUACAUCAACGGGACGAAUGCAGUAGUCGAGGCCAUCAAUGGCGCCAGCCAGCAGUACCGCCUGGCCGCCGAGGACUGCCGCAGAUUCCGCCCGGGCGUGCAUCCCCUGCCCAACGCUGGCCAGGGCGCUUCAGCAGGCGGCCUCAUCAUCGACCUCGCCAUCGGCCGGAUUAAGCGCAUCAGCAGGUUCCACGCCGUACUGGGCAUCGUCUUCUCCCUCUGCGCUGCGCACAUGGGGCUCCAAGCCAACGCGCCGUGGUGGUGGGACAGGUGGCAACUCCACCACGCCGACCCUGCCCGCCACGCGGAGACGGCGCUGCAGUGCCUACACUCCGCCAAGUCGCACGGCCAUGCGGCCCUCGGCGUCUUCCACGUCAUGCUCAGGCCGCCAUCGCCGCGAGCAGUCGCCCACGCCUGGGCACCCGCGGCGGAGCAGCUCCUGCGCCGCGCGAUGGACGAUCUGGCCAUGGCGGAGGCCGCGGUGGAGCGGAUGCGACCGGCCAUUGUGGCCCAGUACUCCGACGCAUGGAUGCUUCUGCAUGGCUGAUAGCAUGCGCGGCGACGUAGCAACGAGUCGGCAGAGAUGACCGAUCUCUCUUCUUUUUGGUUCAUCGAUACCUGCAUGCAGGAAUUGACGAUGUACUCCUAUAGUUUCAGUUUGUAGAUCGAACGUGCUCAAAGAUUCGACGCUGCGGGAACUGCACUCCACGUACGUACAUCGAUGUGUAGCUACUACUGCAACUGUUUUUUUCACUAUUUUUCAGAUAGCUCACCAUCCAUACCAAAUGGUAGCUACUACUGCAACUUAUUUCGACAAUUUUCUUUAAA